UUCUAUAAAACAGGCAUUUCACUGAUUAAAAGGAAGUUUGGAUGACAGCUGUUGAAAUUCAGCCAAGUCCUACUUAAUCUUUUUUUUCUGCAGUAUUAGUAUCUGUCUCACUUAUGCAACAAGUUCCCACCCACCCUUUCCUACAGCAGUGACUGUUCUCUCUGCCUGAUGUUAAUGAGAUUGCUGUAGAAGUACGGAACCUCUUAUAUUUCUCCAGAAAGAAAGCCUUGCAUCAGAUACUAUAUCUGCAAACAUGAAGAUUGCCCUGCUGUUUCUGUUUGAGACUGUGUUGCUAGUCAGUACAGAGUACUCUACAAGUUCACAAGAACAACAUUACAAGGAAACAAAAGGGAAUGUAUUUUGUCCCAUUAAACUCAGACCCAGCGGUCAGUGUGGGGAUGGGGAGGAAUGCCUAUACCAGGUGACCUUGCCACCUCUGACCAUAGAGCUACCCAAACAGUUAAAAAUGCUAGAGAAGACAAUGAAAGAGCUGCAGAAUCUUAAAGAAGUUGUGAACAAGCUGAAGAGCUCCUGCCUGGAGUGCAAGCAGCAAGCCGAUGAGAGUCUGCAAAAGGACAGCAGUGAAGUGCCAGGACAUGAAACACCAAGCACAGGGGGACACGGGCAAAAGCAUGACCCUAACAUCCAUGAGCUGCAAAACAAAAUGUACAAGAUGUCUAAUAGUUUAAAGAAUGCAAGGAACCAGAUUAUCACAUUGCAGGGUCGCAUGGAAGAGAUGAGCCUCUCGAACAUAAAGCAUGUGGAGGCUAUGGUAGACGGCAAGGUGAAAAAUCUAACUGGGGUUGUAAACAAAUUAAAUAACAAGUGUUCCAGCCAGUGUGCGGCAGAGACCCCCGAACCAUCUGCAAUAAUAGCACCACGAGAUUGCUCUGAUUAUUUCUUGUUGGGAGAGCAGAAGAACGGUCUCUACAGAGUCACACCUGACCCCAGAAAUGGCACCUUUGAAGUUUAUUGUGACAUGGAAUCCUAUGGAGGAGGGUGGACUGUGCUGCAGCAUCGUCACAACGGCAGUGUUAGCUUCAACCGCACCUGGAAAGAGUACAAGAAGGGCUUUGGGAGCUUCAAGGGAGAGUUCUGGCUGGGGAAUGACAAGAUUCACCUGCUAACCAAAGCCAAAGAUAUGAUCCUCAGAAUUGAGCUGGAGGACUUUGAAGGUAUACGGGAGUAUGCCAAGUAUGAAGAGUUUUAUGUUUCAAAUGAGUAUCUCCAGUACCGCCUGUCUGUGAGUGGCUAUUCCGGUACGGCUGGAGAUGCCAUGCAUUUCAAUAAGCAUUACAACCACGAUCAAAAACUGUUCACCACCCCAGACAAGGACAAUGACAUGUACCCUUCAGGGAACUGUGGGGCCUACUACAGUUCAGGCUGGUGGUUUGACGCUUGCAUGUCUGCAAAUCUCAAUGGAAAAUACUACCACAAAAACUACAAGGGGGUUCGGAAUGGGAUCUUCUGGGGCACCUGGCACAGUCUGCCUGAUGAACACCCAUCUAGCUACCGACAAGCUUUCAAAACUGUAAAAAUGAUAAUCCGACCCAAAAACUAUGCACCAUAGAAUCAAUCCGCUCAAGAGCUCAAAAUAUAGGGUGUACUAGAGCAACACAAAAUGCCUUUCCUUGAUAAACACUUUAGCAAUAUACCCCUUUUUGAUACACAAUUGGUUCACCAGAGUUCAGAAACGUUGGCUUUGUUGAUAGGCUAUUGUGGAAAAAAAGAAUGUUUGUUAGGAAAAGAAAGUUGAAAAAGUUUGUUUGUUUAUCUGACAUUUAGUCUUUGGAUUGUUCUCAAAAAUCUGCCAAGUUUGAAUUUAAUAGUUAUGACAGAAAGACAUCAAAGAUAAAUAAAGACAAUAAUAACAUUUUGUUAUUAACUUACAAUAGCUUCAAGUCAUCACCUAGUUUUCAAAUAUUUCAAUAAAGCGUUAGCAUGCUGAUGAAUGCAAAAUACUUUUUGUACUUACUGUAGGAAUGCCACAAUCUUUCAGAGAACAAAUACAAGGGAUGUACAGUCCAAAAGUGCAUGCUUUUAUGCCCACUAGAUAUCUAAAAUUAUUAUUAAAAGUCAUAAGAACUCAAUUAGGAUUAAAAUUAAGCAAUUACACUUCUGCUGGUUUAAUGUGAGGUGUAAAUUAAAUAUCAGGUUUUUUAACCAGAAUUGCUUUUUGAUGUAUUCCUAGCUUAGCAUGGGUUAGACACAUGCCAUAAAUAUAACAUUUAUAGCAAAACCAACAAAUAGAAAACCAGCCUAAGGUUAUCCUAGGACACCAUCACUACAUAUAUGACAGCAAGGUUGUACAGUGAUCAUUAUGUGGUUUAAGAAAGUCAAAAAGAAUAGCCCAGGUUUGUGUAAUAUUAUUUUACAUUCAAAACAAAGCCUGCAUUUGGAAGAAAAACUGAAAGGGCAGAAAAUAUUAAUAAGUAUUUUAAAGCAAAAGAGCACUGCUAUAUAACACAGCCCAUUACAUUCACGUGUAUUACAUAAUUAUGUAUAUUAGAUAAUACUAAUGUAAACUAAUAAUAUAUUAUUAUAGUCUUUUAUUACUGUUUUUUUUUGUGCAAUGUUCCUUUUUUGAUUAAAAUGCUGUUUUGAAAAUGA